AAGCGAUUUUCAACCUACUUCAGACACACAGACUGGAGUCCUUUUACAACCAGUUUGUACAGUUAGGAGUGAAAGAUGAAAGAGAUUUCAUUGAUAGUGUAACACCUGAGGACUUAAACAACUUUGGAUUCAGCCAAGUGGAAAAAACUCGGUUUUCUAAAAUGAAAACCACCAUUGGCAGACUGAGAGCUCCAACACACACAGCUGCAAUGUCUGUGCAGAAGUCAUUACAGUCAUUCUCUCUGCAGUACACAUAUCCCAAAUGUCCUGAACCGAAACAUAUCACAGAUAUGGAUCCAUCACAAAACACAGUUGAAGAUCUGAUGUUGAGGAUCUGUCACCUUGAAAGUAUUGGUUCUUCCAAAGGUGUCUGCCUCUACACAGUGGACGGGAUGCCCUUGACUGAUGAUCCCUUCUUCAACACAUGGUCUUUAGAGGAUAGACACAUUAAAAGUGGAGAUGUAAUCUAUGCUAUAUUUACACCAAAGGAGAACCUGAAUGCAUCUCCUCAAAAUACAACCAGACCACUUACGGAAACCUCCAGAAAGGAUACAGUUCGGUGCCAUGUCAUGCUCAAGGGAGACUUCGAGGUGAAGGUAAAUUUGGCAACUGACACAAUCUCUGAUUUGAAGAACAAGCUUGCGAAUGAAAGUGGAAUCCCAGCACACGUUCUUCAUUACAAAGGUGGAGAUGGUGGUGUCAACGCAUUAGAAAGUUGUGGAAUCUCAGAAGGGACAAUAGUCCACUUCUCACUGUCCUCAUUUGCUGAGAAGGUUCCAGACACCACUGAGUUCUUCAGUAAUGAUGUUGUGCCUUCUGUGCAGCAAACUCCCAAAGGAAUCAGUGUGUUCUUGUCCUCACUUUAUGUCAUUAAAAACCAACCUACUGUGCUUUCACACAAGAAUUUGAUUGGCUACAUACGAAAACUUACAGGAUGUAACCCUCUGGCUCAGAGUUUGUAUCAGUUACUCAUGAAGAAUCGAUUCCUAUCCAGGACUCAAAAGAUUGCAGUGGUUGAAGGUCUGUACACACUCUUUAGGGAACUUUUGCCAAAGCUUGGAUCAAAACGAGGUGAAAAGAUCAUUGAGGACCUUGAUGUCUUUGAGAAUUCCACAUACUGCUGGGCAUUUCUCAUGACAGAAGCAAAGAUAGAGACAGCAGACCAUGAAGACUACGCACCAGUUUCUCUGAUGUCUGAAGACAACAAGCGUUUCUUUGAUCCAGUCACUAUACCUGGAGUACCAGGUGUCCUGGAAAAAGCCUUUCACAUAGAUACUGAGAAGACUUUUGGAAACAUGGCAGAGGAACUGAAAGAACUCCCUCAACUCAAUGUAACUCCACCGCUGCUUCUGAAGGACCUGGGAUUUCUAGGGCCAAAUCUUGUUUUCUUGAGUGCAGACAACCUUGGUGUUUAUAUGCACAAAGACAAGGCAACACCUGCAAUGAUUAAGGUGUAUGAUUGUCUGGCUGGCAAAGUCAAAGAUGUUGAUGUGGAUGAACUAGCAGCAAAAACUGGUGACCAUAGAGACGAUCAAUCCCUUGACACAACCAGGACUCCAAAAGAAGCUAUUCUGGUGCUGAUAGAUACAAGCUCAUCAAUGUCUGAGGUAUGCUAUGAAAGUGUGGAAAUACAGAAAAUCCAUGCUGUAAAAGAGCUUUUUGACAACUUUGCAACACGGAGCAUGGCUUAUGAUUUCCAUCAUGUCAUUGGACUUGUGAAGUUUGACUCUACAGUGACAACACUCCACACAUUUACAGAAACGCUUGAAAAGUUCAAGUCUUAA